ACGGGAGGUACAAAAGUCUCAGAAUCAGUUCGUGUGACAUCUACAAACUGACAACUACAAAAAUCUUCGUUCAUUAAACUUCUCAACUUAUAACAAACGUUCACUGAUCUUCUAAUUGUGUAUUUAUAGUCACGAUAUCAUAAGGUUGAGAAAUACAGGAGUAACUGUACUAUAUUGUUGUGUAGUUAACGACACAAUUCAAGCAUGCAGGAGCGGGGGUCAAGCAGCUUGCCUGGGAAUAUCAAGGAGUUGGGUAUAUCACCGUCAGCAGGAGGGCCCAGGAAUGGUUUGGGGUUUGCCAUGACCACGUUCUUUCUGGUAGCACAGAUGGCUGGAGCCGGGUUCUUGUCCCUCCCUAAAGCUGUCGCAAACUGUGGAUGGAUCGGGUUGGUGAUGAUGGUGGUGUUCUGCACUGGUGUGGGGUUCUCAGGGACGCGACUAGGGGCGUGUUGGGUCAUCCUGGAGGAGCGUUGGCCCAUGUGUUACAGGGACAGCUGCCGUCAACCCUACAUGGAGAUAGCUGACAGAGCGCUCGGUAUCCACGGCAGACGUCUAGCCCUGGCCUGUGUUUUGAUCACCCUGGUGGGAGGAACCACCGUGUUCCUCAUCUUGAUCGCCUCCUUCAUGAAGGUGUUAGUGACCUCUGUCUCCAUCUGUGAGUGGGUCCUCAUCACCGCCGCCUUGGUCAUGCCCUUCACCUGGCUCGGCACCCCCAAGGACUUCUGGCAGGCGUCGGUGUUGGCGGUGACGACGACAACCAUUGCUUGUGUCGUCAUCCUGGUGGAAAUCAUCCUGGAGAAGGACCUACACCCUAACCCCGUCUACCAGAACCCCACCGUCAGCUCCUUCGCCCUUGGGUUCGGUGCCAUCCUGUUCGCCUUCGGGGGCGCCUCUGUGUUCCCAACCAUCCAAAAUGAUAUGGGUAACCGCAAGCUCUUCAUCAAGGCUGUUGUCGUGGCGUUUGCGGUGUUACUGGCCCUGUACCUGCCUGUGGCGACGACGGGGUACGCGGUACAAGGAAUGGAUGUGAAAGACAACAUCCUACUUUCCGUGGAGUCCAGUAAGGGCAUCGUCAAGGCUGCCCUGAUGAUGGAGGUGCUCAACUUACUGGGCACUUACAUCAUUACCUACAACCCUAUUGGCCAGAUGUUUGAGGAGGUGUUUAGCAUUGAAAAUAAGUUUGGUUGGAAGCGGUGUGUCUUACGGUCGGCGAUCUUAAUAUUCGAGGUGGUGGUAGGACUGGCGGUGCCUGACUUCGGCAAGAUCCUCAACUUGAUAGGAGGAUCUACUGUCACACUCUGCUCCUUCAUCCUGCCUCCUCUUAUGUACAUGAAACUCGUCGACGACAAGAGUAACCCCAGCUGGCCUCAGAGACAAAUCGAACUGUGGGAGCGAAUGUUGCUGUGGAUAAUCGUUGGUGUGGGCGUGGUGGGCGGCAUCGCAUCGACGAUCUCUGCCUUAAUAGCCAUCCUCAGCCCAGACUCCUUCAGCACAUCUUGUUUCUCAGAUUUCUAUUUUUGAGAAAUGGGUUGUAAUGUGGGGCUGAAAAUUAAGUCGUGCUUGAGUGACAAUAAAUUCAGUUUGGGUUGCCUGAAGUGACUGAAAAUCGUUAUAAUCGGUUACAUAUGGGGGUUGACUUAGGAGUUUGAAUGGUUAAAUUACUUGAAAUGACUGGGUUUGGUUGUUUGAAUUGUUUAAGAGGGUGGCUGACAGAUGUGGUUGCUUAUAAUUACCGUUUUCUGUGUUCACUGAUAUAACUGUUUCAAUAAACAUGGUUCUUUCCUUAAAUUAAGUUGAUUUGGUUGAAUGACUGAUAUAAAUAGAAUCAUUUAUUGACAUGUUUGUAUAGUAAAGAUUUUAAAGUUUCUAA